UCAAGACAACGCCUCCUUUCAAACUAAUCCCCUUCUCUUUAAAAACUCGCUUGCAUCUAUGUAUAUGCUCCGAAAUCACACAAUUAGUUUCUCCCCAUCUCUCUUGCUAAAAUGUCGUCCCAAAAAACCCCAGAGGAAACUCAAUCCCCUCCUCUGAAUUUCUGGGGAGACAUGCCAGAAGAAGAAUAUUACAGAUCUCAAGGAGUGCAGAACACCAAAUCAUAUUUCGAAACAAUCCACGGUAAGCUCUUUACACAUGCAUUUCUACCGUUAGACCUUCCCAUCAAAGGCACUGUCUACAUGACACAUGGGUACGGAUCUGAUGCUGGAUGGCUCUUCCAAAAAAUCUGCAUCAAUUACGCUACCUGGGGUUACGCUGUUUUCGCUGCUGAUCUUCUCGGACAUGGUAGAUCAGACGGCAUACGCUGUUACUUGGGUGAGAUGGAGAAAGUAGCAGCUGCAUCUUUAUCGUACUUCGUCAGCGUCCGUAACAGUGAACCAUAUCGUGAGUUACCAGCUUUUCUUUUCGGUGAAUCAAUGGGUGGAUUGGCAACUAUGUUGAUGUACUUUCAAUCGGAACCCGAAACUUGGACGGGUCUGAUCUUCUCCGCCCCGCUUUUCGUUAUCCCUGAAAACAUGAAACCAUCAAAAAUCCAUCUAUUCAUGUAUGGAUUGUUGUUUGGGAUGGCUGAUACAUGGGCAGCAAUGCCAGAUAACAAGAUGGUAGGAAAAGCAAUCAAAGAUCCAGAGAAAUUGAAGAUCAUAGCGUCAAACCCAAGGAGAUACACAGGGCCACCAAGGGUUGGAACUAUGAGGGAAAUCUCUAGGAUGUGUGACUAUAUCCAGAAUAAUUUCUCCAAAGUAACGGCACCAUUUUUAACUGUUCAUGGAACAUCCGACGGGGUUACAUGCCCGUCAUCUUCCAGGUUACUUUAUGAGAAAGCAUCAAGCGAGGAUAAAAGUCUGAAGAUAUAUGAGGGUAUGUAUCAUUCUUUGAUACAAGGGGAACCUGAUGAGAACAGCCAAAGGGUUCUGGAUGAUAUGAGAGAGUGGAUUGAUGAAAGGGUUAAGAGAUACCCAAAAAUGUAGACCAAAAUAUUUUUAUGCUAAACCAGUCAGAGCAUAUUGCUACAAAAACUUCCCAAUUUCUGUAAGGUGUAACGUCAUAUUAUUAAGUAUUAUGUGUUGUUCAUAAACCUGGAGUUUUAUUGUAGAAACACCUUGCUUAUUUAAUACGGAAACUUGAUGCAAAUAUUAAAGCAUGUAUAAAUGGAAAUGGAAA